AUCUUCGACCCUCUCUUCUGCUUAAUUAAUGAGAUGAGGCAAAGCUUUUGCCUUCGUUUAAAAAACUAAAGAAAAAACAAGCCCCCAUUCUUCUGUUGGGCAACCCCGAAGGCAGACACGUCUCCCUCAGAGUCCAAACACACGAACACGACGACACACAAGCGCAGGCAGCAGCACGCGCGCACCAGCGAGGCAGCGAUCGAGAGCACAGCGCGCGCAUGGCUGCCACGCCGUCGGCCUUCGCCCCGGCGCGCCCGCGUCUCCUCUCCUGCCGUGCGCCGGGCAGGAGGCCGGCGCAGCUACCGCGGUGGACCGCGUCCGCCACCAGGAGCGGAGCGCCAUCGUCGUCGAUGGACGCGACGGCGAAGGCCGGGAGGAGGCCAGGGGUGAGGGAGUACGUGGAGGCGGCGCGGGAGAUGGCGCGGCGGCCGGACGGCGGGCCGCCCAGGUGGUUCGCGCCGCUCGAGUGCGGCGGCGGCGGCGGCGAGCGCGUCCCCGGCGCGCCGACGCUGCUCUACUUGCCCGGAAUCGAUGGAGUUGGAUUAGGGCUGAUCCGGCACCACGAGAGAUUAGCAAAGAUGUUCGACAUGUGGUGCUUGCAUAUACCCGUCCAAGACCGUACCACCUUCCAAGGACUUGUUGAGCACGUAGAGAGGACAGUGAAAUCAGAGAGCUUAAGGGCACCGGACAGGCCAGUCUAUCUUGUUGGAGAAUCCGUCGGAGCGUGCAUUGCUCUUGCGGUGGCGGCGCGGAACCGAGACGUCGAUUUGGUGCUGGUCCUAGUCAACCCAGGGACAUCUUUCCACAGGUCACAGCUGCAGUCUCUCUCGGCACUCCUAGAUUUGGUCCCUGAUCCCUUCCAUUCGAGCACUCCACAACUCCUAAAUUUUCUCAGAGGCAACUUCAUGAAGAUGUUGUCGAGAUUUGAUGGAGCUGGUAAGGCAUUAUUGGAGGCCACCAGUGGUUUGUUGCCUUCUCUCAUGUAUUUGGCUGAUAUUUUCCCAAAGGAAUCCAUUGUUUGGAAGAUGAAAAUGUUGAGGACAGCGUCGUCGUUUGUCAAUUCUCGCUUACAUGCAGUCAAAGCCCAGAUCCUGGUGGUCGCUGGUGGAAAUGAUGAACUUCUGCCAAGCCGUGAAGAGGCUGAAAGGCUACAUGGCACACUGAAGAAAUGCAGAAUCCGUCACUUCAGGGAUAAUGGCCACAAAAUCUUGUUGGAAGAUGGAUUUGAUCUAGCAACAACCAUUAAAGGAGCCGGAUACUACCGCCGCUCCAGGCAGACAGACUAUGUUUUAGACUAUCUACCGGUGACCGAUGAUGAACUCGAAAAGGCGAUCGACCGUGACAGGCUCCUGAAUUUUGCCACUGACCCAGUGAUGCUAUCGACACUGCCUGAUGGGAAGAUAGUGAGGGGACUGGCAGGGCUGCCAAGGGAGGGCCCUGUCUUGCUUGUUGGGUACCACAUGCUCAUGGGGUUUGAGCUUGGACCCCUGGUAACAGGAGUUCUGAGGAGUACUGGAAUCCACAUCCGCGGGUUAGCGCAUCCAUUCAUGUUCAACGAGAGUUCAGAGCAGCUCAUACCGGAUUCGUCGAACUACGACAUCCACCGGAUCAUGGGUGCGGUGCCUGUUACGGCAGUGAACUUUUACAAGCUCCUUUCAGAGAAGCAAUUUGUUUUGCUGUAUCCAGGAGGCGCGCGUGAAGCUCUUCAUAGGAAGGUAAGAAUUUGGUAUAGAGAGCAUAAUAUAUCUUUGGAGACAGUAAAAACAUCGAUUGUUCUGGAAGGUGACAGUUGUUUACAGGGCGAGGAAUACAAGCUAUUUUGGCCUGAGCAGUCUGAAUUUGUGCGGAUGGCAUCAAGGUUUGGAGCAAAAAUAGUACCAUUUGGAGUGGUUGGAGAAGAUGAUAUAUGUGAUAUGUUGUUAGACUACAACGAUCUUAUGAAGCUCCCAUUUUACGACAUCCUUGACAAGAAGCUAAAUGAAGAGGGGCUAAAGCUAAGGACUGAUUCUACGGGAGAGAUAAAGAAUCAAGAUAUGCAUCCUGUAGUGCUGACGCCAAAAAUGCCAGGAAGGUUUUACUUCAUCUUUGGGGGGCCUAUUGAAACAAAAGGGAGGGAGAAGGAGCUAAGAGACAAAGAGAAGGCCCAGCACCUCUAUUUGCAUGUCAAAUCUGAAGUGGAGAGCUGCAUCAAGUAUCUGAAGGAGAAGAGAGAGGAGGAUCCCUACAGGAGCAUACUGCCCAGGCUUCUAUAUCAGGCAGCUCAUGGUUCUGAUGUAGAAAUACCCACAUUUGAACCCUGAGGCUGAGAUGAUCACUUCCAGAUUACCGUUAGUUAGGAUCCAAGCCAAUUGUUUACAUUGUUCAUGUUAAUCUUUUAUAUACAUAGUUAUUUUUAAUUGCAGUUUAUUCAAAUUAGAAGGGUUAAUAAAUAUUAAAAAACUAAGUUCAGAACUGUAAAUUUCUAUGUGAAGUACAUUUGCGGAUUUACUAA